AACCGUCAGAGCCAAGGAGAAUCGACAGACAGCCAUAUCCCUGUCAACAACACCAUUGGCUAACUCUGAGGAAGUAAGCACAAUGUGAGGACUUUGAUAAGUCAAAGCCCUUUUCACAUUAGAAACACCAGCCUGGUUGUGAACAGCGCUGGAACAGGCCGUUUGACAGCCCAAAAUGACGAGUAACCUUUGUGGAUUUAUGGAUUUAAGGAAGAAAACUCAAAGAUAUCAUGACAAAACAUCAAAGAUAUGUUGUCAUCGACCUCCCGGCAGAUUGUGCUGUCGUCCCGGGCUGCGCUGCUGACGAGGAGCCGGUUGUCUGUGUCUAAAGUGGCUGCACGUCCAGCACACGGUGUGUGCAGCAGCUUGCACACAGAGGACACAUCGUGGCACGGCCGCAGCAUGGGCUCCAGAGGAGCCCCGGUGAGGGGAAGGGGACCGACCCUCCACGCUCAUCAGUCUAAUUCACCAAGGAACUUCUGCACAGGUCCAGUGGGACACAACUGUUGGAAGUGUGAGCAGCCCCUCGACACUGCACCUGCCUUCUUCUGUGUGUCAUGCAAAGUGGUCCAGCCUCCUGAAGAGGGGGUGUCCUACUUCAAGAUCAUGGCUUGUGACCACACGUUCACACUGGACACACACCAGCUGCAGAAAAGAUACCUGCAGCUCCAGAGGUCUCUGCAUCCAGACAACUUCAGCCAGAAUUCGGUGAGAGAGCAGGAGUAUUCAGAAAACCAAUCUGCGCUCGUGAACAAAGCGUACACGACUCUGCUCAAGCCUUUGAGUCGCGGUCUUUACAUGCUGGAGCUGGAGGGCGUGCGCAUAGAGGAGGGCACCGACGCCGGGGCUGAUGCGGCGUUUCUGAUGGAGCUGAUGGAGGUCAAUGAAGCCGUUGAUGAAGCGCGGACUCCGGAGGAAGCCGAUACGAUCGGCCGAGACACGAGAGGGAAACUGGCUGACCUGACGGAGCGGAUAGACGCUGCCCUUCGCACAGGGGAGCUUCAGACUGCCAGAGCGCUGCUUGCCCAAAUGAAAUACCACGCCAACAUCGAAGAGAAAGUGAAGGAGAAACUCCGUGAAUUCAUGUAAUUUCCCCACGCUCACGUGGAGCGUUAUUUAAUAUUUUAAAGCCACUUUUGUACAGAAGACAUUUGUACAGUUAUGUAAAAUGAUUGUUCAAAACUUGUUAAGCGCAUUACACAACUGAAAUUAUGGUGAUUAUAACUUAAUAUGCUAUUUUUGAUUUCAAACUGUGUAGAUAUAUGAGAGUGUAAUUGGAUUCAUACCGUCUCUUCCCGUGAAUUUUCACUAAUUUUCAAAAAGCCCAAUCACAUCCACUUGUACCUAAUGUAUCAUUAAAGUUGGCAGAGAUCUAUUAUUGGCCGUGAUUAAAAUGCUGCUCAGGGUGUUUAUAUGAUUA